AUGAGGAUCCUCACCGCUCUCCCCAAGCUGCGGGAGGCCCCUCACAAUGACGAAUACAAGAUCUACACCGAGUCCAGGUUGCGUGCCCUUGCCAUGUGUCUUGGCGCCGGCAAUUGCCACCCCAACGCGCUGAAGAUCAUGAUCAUGGCUUCUAAAUGGUGUCACGCCACAUGGUAUGGACAGCAUUGGGAUACAGGAGAAGGAGUCUGGUGUCGCGGCAUGUACGAUUCACUCGAGAGGCAGGGCUACACCGUGCUCAACGGCGGCGACGGGGACAUCGACUACGUCAAAUACCUCCAUCGCCAACUCGGCGACCUCGUCAAAGUUGUUGUGGGUGAUGACGAUGGCAGGACCUAUCGUUCCAUUGCAGACCAUUUCAAAACUCGGGACCGACCGGACGGUCUGCCUGCCUGGAAGUACUUUCGCUACUCGUACUGGCCUUCAAACGAUGCCACUGUUGUCGGCGAGCCAUGGGUGAUUACUGCCGAGCCACACAGGUUCGACCAGUCCGACAAGGACUACAACAACUUCACAUACAUUGGAUACACGAUGAAUCCCGUGGGAGACAUGAAGGCAAUGCCACAUGUCCCUUGGGAAGAACGCGACAACCGCGUCUGGAUCCUCGGCAAGUGGUUACAUUACUUUUACCCCGAACUUUCAGGCAACAUGGUUGGAGUUACCAACUUUUCAUCUGCGCUUCCCGAACUGGAAAAGGAGUUUCCGGGAUUCAAGUUUGUCGGCGGGUGGUUUGACAACAGGCAUGAUCAAGACAAGGCGAAAAUCCCGCUCGACGAACCCGAAGGCAUCACCAACUUGGGAAAAUUGAAUGCGACUCAGUUUGACAUUGAGGUAUCGAAAAGCAAGCUCAUGCUGGGUCUCGGGUGGCCAACUAUAAGCCCCAGUCCCUACCGUGCUAUUGCUAUGGGUGUGCCGUUUAGUAAUCCCUUUGCCACCGACCGCCACAUGCAGCACACCGGUCUGUACCGUGAGGGUACCGAGCCGUGGAACUACACUUCAUUUGUGGAAACCAUUCGCAAGGCGCUCCAAACCCCGGUACACCCGUACACGUUCGAGCGCAUGAAGCCAGAGGCGGUAGACGAGCGAAUCCGCUGGCUAAUGGACACCGACUGGCGUGGCGAGGCGCAACAGAUUCUCGACGCGCGCAUCAGCGGUCACGAGACGCAGCAUCACCCCCAAAACAAGCUUGGAUAUCAGACGUUUGAGAUGUAG